GUGAUCGCUGAGUGCUGCGGAGAUGGCGGGGAGGGGGAAGCUAAUCGCAGUGAUUGGAGAUGAAGAUACGGUCACUGGUUUUCUCCUGGGCGGCAUAGGGGAGCUUAACAAGAAUCGCCACCCUAAUUUCCUGGUGGUAGAAAAGGAUACAACCAUCAAUGAGAUCGAAGACACCUUCCGUUGGACGUCUGGGGCUCCCGGCCCUUGGAGACGGUCAGCCUCAGCAGCUCUUCCGGUCCCCGAUGUUCACCGACGAGCGGUCUCCCGGCCUUGAAAGCGCUCGGCUCUUUUGCGAAUUGCUCCCUAAAGGAACCACACUCACUGGAAUCCUAGGCACUGGGCUUGGACCUUCUUGCGCUCUCAUCCUCCUUAGAGGCUCCCAAUCGUCCUGUAAGGUGGAGGUUAUUAUUUUCACUUACAGGCAGUUACUAAACCGGGAUGACAUCGGCAUCGUCCUCAUCAACCAGUACAUCGCAGAGAUGGUUCGCCACGCCCUUGAUGCCCACCAGCGCUCCAUUCCAGCUGUCCUGGAGAUCCCAUCCAAGGACCACCCCUAUGACGCUGCCAAGGACUCCAUCCUGCGCAGGGCCAAGGGCAUGUUCACUGCUGAAGACCUGCGCUAGGAGCCGCCCCUGGCCUGCCAGGCCUCCCCCAGGCUCGCUAGCCCCACCCCUACCCCUCCACUGAAGGCUGGGUGAUGCUUCUAGGCCACUGGGGCCUCUGCUGUUAAAACCCAGGCUGAUUAGGGAACAGGAACCCUGGCCAUCUUCUCUCUCCUCUACCUCUUCCCUGUACUGUUACAAUGUCACUGUCGAUGUUAAAUUAAAGUAAUAUUCUUGGUUCUCUCCAAA